AUGGCAACGCUCAACGCCGCCGAACUACAAGCCCGAUACGCGCAGGAGCGCGACAAGCGACUGCGACCCGACGGAUUUCAGCAGUACACACGUCUUCCCAGCAAAGAUGAUAAGCCGCUCGCCGAUGACCCAUGGUUACAAUAUGCGCACCGGGAAGACGGCCCACUCAAGGACGGCGACAACAUCCAGUUUCUCAUCAUCGGCGCAGGUCAUGCAGGGCUACUGGCAGGAGGACGACUAGUAGAAGCAGGCUUCUCAGCGAAAGGCAUAUACCUAGUGGACGUGGCGGGCGGUUUUGGUGGAACAUGGUACUGGAACCGCUACCCUGGCCUGCAAUGUGAUGUGGAGAGCUACAUUUACAUGCCUUUUCUCGAGGAAACUGGCUAUGUGCCCAAACAGAAGUACGCAUCAGGCAACGAGAUUCGUGAACACUGCGACCGCGUGGCGUCGCACUAUGGUCUGCGCGGACAAUUCUCGACACGGAUGCUCAGUGCGACAUGGGACGAGGAGCAAAGACGAUGGGUAGUCCGCAUGCGCAAAGAGCACAGCAACGGCGAGGAAAUGACCAUCUUAACACAGUUCUUAAUUCCAGCUAGCACCAUCUUCACAGAGCCAAGAAUGCCCAAGCUCGAGGGCUUCGACGAACUUCGCGCCAACAUUCCGGUUUUCCACACAGCACGCUGGGACUUUGACUGCACUGGUGGCUCGCCAACAGAUGUUACUCUCUCAAAACUGAAGGGCAAGCGCGUCGGCGUCAUCGGUACAGGCGCAACAGCGGUGCAGGUAAUACCACAGGUAGCACGCUGGGCUGGUCAUACAUAUGCCUUCCAGCGCACGCCUUCGUACUGUGUGCCGCGCCGCCAGCAGGCCACGGACGAUAGCACAUGGACACGCGACGUGGCGACGGGGCCCGGCUGGCAACGCGCUCGCCGACUUAACUUUGACACUUUUUUCGACGGUCAGAAGCAUUCGGUGGAUCAUCCGGACCUCGUCGGCGACGGCUGGACACAAAUGGCGCGCGGUUUUGCGGGCUUCAUUGGAGGCCCGAAACUUGUCACGCCCGACAACGUAGCAGAACACGCUCGUGCGCUGUAUGAGAUGGAUGUGCCACUAGCAGAGCAAGCGCGAGCACACGUGCGGAACACUGUAGUGAAGGACCCAGUCGCGGCAGAGAAGCUACAGCCAUGGUAUCCGAUGUGGUGCAAACGGCCCACGUUCCAAGACGGAUAUCUGACCGCCUUCAACCAGGAGAAUGUUACACUCGUGGACACGGAUGGCAAGGGUGUGGAGCGGUGCACGCCGCGGGGUCUCGUCGCCAACGGAGUCGAGUACGAGCUGGAUGUGCUGAUUCUCGCCACGGGUUUCCUGCUAGCAACGGGUGCAGACGCAGCACCUGCAGAGCUCUUUGGCAUACCCGUUAUUGGCCGCAAUGGCCGCCGUCUCAAGGACAAGUAUGGCUCUGCCGAUUUUGGUACGAUGCAUGGCAUCGCCACAAAUGGCUUCCCCAACCUACUUUAUCCUGGUCUCGGCAAUGGAGCUGGCUCGCCAAAUCUCACUGCCGUCUACGACAUCGAGUCCACCCAUCUCGCCAAUGUAUUGAAGGAGGCCGCUCGCCGGGCUCCGGACCCUACAAAGCUUGUCAUCGAACCGACCAAACAGGCUGAGGAUGCGUGGGUGGACGAGAUCGAGAAGUGGUCCCUGUGGUACUCUGUCGUGAUAGCGUGCACGCCGGGCUACUUUAAUCAUGAGGGCGCUACGUUGCGCCUUGCUGGAGGCGAUCCUGAGAAGCGGAGGCAGGCCAUGCGAAGGGUACUGCACGGAGGUGGUAUCGCUAUGUACGAGCGCAUAGUCCGCGAAUACGAUGCGAAGGGCGAUAUUGAGGGCUUCGAGGUGUCGUGA